CACACAAAGUCAUAACAAAACAAAUAAUUGCUAAAAUUAAUUAAUAACGCCUUUGAAUAAUAUUUUUAUUCAUUUUAUUUUCAAAUUAUUCAGGACAGAAAUGGCAGGGGAAGUAGUCGUGGAUGCUCUACCGUACAUUGAUCAAGGAUACGAUGACCCAGGCGUCAGAGAAGCGGCUUUGGCCAUGGUAGAGGAAGAAUGUAGAAGGUACAGACCAACUAAGAAUUAUCUAGAAAACACUGGUCCAGAACUGAGCACAGCAUUUGAGACCCCUGCACUUCAGCGGGAGAUGGAACGGGUGCAACAAAGACUGCCAAUGGAGCCUCUUUCCAUGAAAAGAUAUGAAUUGCCCCCACCACCAGCUGGAAGGCUGGGGGAACCGACAGCAUGGUCAGAGGCAGUGGACAACUCUCACGCGCAGCUGUCUCACCAGGCCACACGAGUACUCAACUUGGAGCUGCAGUUACAUUACGGGACUGAGGCUUGGAGGUCAUAUUUAAAUAUUCUCCAAGCUCUGGUCUCUCGCGCACAAAAUGAGCACACACAAUUGAGGAAGCAAAUAGCAGCAGUGAACUGGGAGCGCAAACGGUCGCAGACAGCAAGCGGAGCGCGACUGCGCGCUCUUCGUCGCCGCUGGGCACAGCUCGUAUCCGACAACUAUCGUCUCGAGCGCGCCAUUAUGCAGUUAGAAAUUCAAUUGGAAAAGGCCAAAGGACAAACCACGGCUGAGGAUGGUGAAGGUGCAGACAUGGAAGCUGUCAAAUUGUUACCAGACAAACUUAACUCGGAAACCGAGAAGGAAGUGCAGAAGAAAAUAGAAGACAUGUUUGCUGAUUAGUAAAUAAAAUAGUAUAUGUAUAUGUACCACUA